UCGAACAAUGUAAAUAACUUCUGUAUUCUAAUAAUGGCUUGGAUGCUUUUAACUAUCGGACUAUGUAUUAUAGUGAUUGCUUCUCUAAGAUAUAGCAACGCCUACAAUGACAAUACAAGAAAAGAAAGAUCAGAUGAUCAAAAUUAUAUGCACACCAUUGACAGUAAAAAGGAAAAUGAAGAAAAUUUUGAAUUAUCAUCACAAGUGAAACGUAUCCAGUACAAGCGCGAUCGGAUGCACGGAAAUAUCUUGUAGAAUUUCCUGUUCAAACAACAAAGAUCUAUACGGAGACAUAUCUGCAGUAAUGAACUCGAGCUCGUGUGAAAUUAUCACAUCAAUAAUUAUCUCCAAUCAAUUCAGAAAUUGUCUUGAAAACAAUUGGAUAUAUAAAGAUGUGGAUGUGUUAGAUAUUAUUAUAAGCAACAGCCACUUGACUGAAAUCAAAAGCGCUUCAUUUAACGUACCUUUAUUUGCGAAGGUGAUUCACAUGUCCUGGGUAAACCUGAAACUCCAAGAAGUCGACAGUGGAGCUUUGCUUGGUUUAUACUCGUUAAAAAAACUGGAGAUAGAUUCGAAACUUCCAACCAUGAGUAGGACAUUUUUACAGCCAGUGCAGACCACGCUAACACAUCUGAAAUUGAAUGUUCAAUUAAUAUUUUACAGUAACUUGACUCUUUUUGAGAAUAUUUAUCUUAAAAGACUAACUUAUUUGGACUUCAGCUCCAAUAGAUUUCUUGGUCCUCUUACCAGGCAAAUAUUCAAUGCCGUGCCUAACACAACUUACCUCUACUUACAGCAUUGUUCGAUAACUGCUAUAGAAGAUAAUGCUUUUAAUGAUAUAGCUCAUAAUUUAAAGAUUGUUAAUUUGGCAAAUAAUAUGAUUUCUACUAUCAGUUCUAUUGUGCUAACUGGAAUUAAUCCUAUAUAUAUUGAGCUUGAGCACAACAAUUGGCUUUGCGAUUGUGAACUUUUGUCCUUGAUACAUUUCGUCUCUAAGCACUCUAGGCUGUUUAUAAAUGUGCCAUAUUGUCGCAUGCCCAACUACUUUUUUGGUAUACUCUUUAACGACCUAGACAGCAGUAAAAUAAAUUGUUCUACAGGUAAUGAACCUAUUACUACUACCCAAAAAACAUAUAUUUCAACUACGACUGCUGAGAAAACAAAUCAAACUACAACAGGCUGGCAAGAUGAACUUUCAACACUAACUACAAUAGGGAGUGGUAAAUACACUGGUUCUUUUACAAAUGAAUAUGCUUACAGUCCUAUACUACAGUUUAGUUGUUCCCAGGCUGUUGAUUUAAAUGAAAGUGUGCGCCUUACUAACCAUUCUCAGAGAGACAUAAACACAAAUAAAGUCGAACCAAAUUAAGCAAACUAUGCCAAUGGCAUUUUUGUUUUUCAACCCCCCACCUAUGACCUCUAUUUAGAGUUAUCAGAUGACCUUAGUCUACAAGUACGAGUUGAUAACUAUAAUGAUGCAGACCAGAUAAACAUUAUUUGGUUUACAGAACUGUUCGAUAGCAAUAAAGAUGUAUUUGCUGUAGAUUACUCAUACAACUGUAUGCAAUAUUCUGGCCCGUUUUUAACCAUUGCUUCACUUCAUGAAAAUCAUACAUAUACUUUUUGUAUGAUGCCGACAGAUAACGUAGUUAUUUCCCCGCUCUUUUGUCAACCACUCUAUGUACCUAUGGUUGGAGAGAAAACUCAUAAUGCGACGGAUUCUAUUCAAAACACUAGCAAUAAUAAGCAGUUUUCGGUCGCCAUGCUGGUCUUAAUUCUUUUUGUUUCCACAAUUUUUGGAGCAAUAAUUGCAUAUCUUGGUAUCAAAGCCUACCCGGAUCUUUUAGAGGGCUCAAAGAACGUAUUAAUAAUUAAAAAGUUGGAUAAAACAUGCUAUAUAUCAACAAUAACAGAAUCCGAAUACACAAUAGAUGAAACAAAAAAGAAAAUACUUUGGUGCAAAAAUUUUCAAUGAUA